AUGGCUCUUCAGGAAGGGCUUUAUGACCGAGAUUCCAUAUCCGAUGAUGAUUUGGAACUCUAUCGAGAUGCACUAGAAUUCCCCGAUGAGGUCGAUGACUUCAUUCAACGGUCCUUGUCCUCGCGUUCGGUUGUUAGGACACCAAGCUCAAAGUAUAGGGAUAAAACUAUCAUCAAGACGCUCGAUGAUGUAACACCACAACCUCAGGUCCUUGAAGAAGGAAUGAAUGAAUCUGGUCAUGAUGAUGAUGUCAAUAAGACCAAUACCGAUGGAGCUGGAGAGCCACCCAAAGAAGAAGAUCUGGCCCACCAGCGAUCGAUCAGCUCUCAGAUUUGUGUGUCCCCUUCAUGGUCCAGAGCCGGUGACAAGAAACGAAGAAGAAAGAAGGAUCAGAAACGGCAAGAAAAGGACCAGAGAGACCUGGAACAAAAACUAGAACAGGAAUCGAGGAAGAACUCUGACGGAGCUUUUCGGAGAGAGCCGAGGAGGCUAACCAAGCGGCCUCCGCCAGCUAAUUCCAGCAGGGCCUCGAGCGCCAAUGGCCGUAUGCAGCGUCCCUCAACAGCAUCUUCCUUCAGGUCGUUCUGGUCGAACCGAUCCUCUCGAGCCAGCUCAGUCCAAGGCUCUGACACCGAAGGCCAGAAGAGGGUUUCUUUUCUGGACUCUUUAAAAAGAGAACAAAAAAAUGGAACUUGGCUUCCCCGAAUGUGGCCAAAGAAAUCCAAAACCAAGGACUCAGCUGCACAAAGGGGCCAUGUAUCUGACUCUGAAGCACAAACGGAAAAUACUCCCAGGCAUUCUUUACACACGGUCAAGAAGCAUGGAGAUCUCCGUUCGGUAGCCAGGACACACUCUACUGGGGAUACCAAUGACCAGAAUUCAAAUCCGACUAUUUAUGCCAAGAAGGCGAGCCAAAAUCCCGAGAUUUCCCCUGAACGCCUAGGUGGCCAGGCUAGCACUUACGAUCAAAAAUCGAAAGGCACACUACGCCAGCCGGGAGAUGAUCUGUCGGCACAGAAGGGUCAGACCUCGCGGUCACCAAGAGGAGUUGUUAUCGGACCUAGUAGUAGUAAGAAACGGCCGGCACCUGCCCCCGUCGCAAGUAACAACGAAUCACCAGGCCCAAGUGCUCCGUCACGAACACAGCUUGCUUCCUCGCGGAAAAGUCCCACAGCUGAGCCAGAGAGGAACAACGUCAGUAGCCCUUUGGACCAGUCCUUCUUUGUCAAAAUUCCCAAAACCCCUACACAUGAUUUCGAUAGGUCUAGAGAAAAUGCUGGCCAAACACCCAAAAAGGUAGACCAGUCAUCUCUUCAACAGCGGUCCCCCAAUAUAUCCAAGAAAAUCAACCGCAAUCCUGAUUCCCGUGCAUCCCCACAAGCUGAUACCAGGAAGCCCAGGGAUUUGUUCGAGGUUGUAGACCUUCCUCGUUACGAUGGCCCGGUGACGGAGUCGAAAAACCAAUCUGAUGUCAGCAGCAAAUCUAAAACCGAUACACAAGAUUCCCCUUACACCCCUGGCAAAGCUGUGGUUAUCGAUGGUAUGCCAACAGGUAGCUCGGGUUCAUAUAAACAGGACAAUAAACCAAAGACGACUAUUAAUUUCAGCCGAACAGCGCGACUACGGCCAUCCCCAUUAUCAGGCCCUCCUCUCCUCAGCCCAGGAUCUAAGGAUUCGGCAACAAGCAACGCCGAUGCCAAUCAGAUCUGCUCUGGGGUUACAACUCAGCCAAUCGUUACUUCCCCCACCAUACAAGGACAUCAUCAACUUGCCACAGAGCCAAAUACCGCAACUAGAACCCGUCGACUUUCUCUUGAUCGUUUUCUGAGGCCCGGUAAGGCGAAAAAGGCGGCUAUAAAUGACACAGAUACCCCUCCCGCAAAACAAGCAAUUCUUGAUUUCAGCGCGGAAGCCACGACGAAUGAUUCGCAAAAUUUGAGUAAGGAUCAUCUGGAACGCCAAACUUCUGCAAAUGCGGCACCUUCUGGAUCUGAUGGCAAGCCAAAAGUUGCUCGUAGUGAAGAAGAUGGCAAUAUCUCACAGGGGAAUGGCGUGCAAAAAGUAGUUGCAAACGAUGGAAAUACACCAAAGCCACGUCGUAAUUCGAUUGAUAUCAUCAACAAGUUUCGUCCGUCACUAGGCAAGACUGAGGUGAAACUUAAAAAGAAGCGACCAAGUUCCGCUGGGGUCAAUUCAAUCACUCCUCCGGUUGAGAAACCACCCUCCAGUAAUACCAGAACUCAAAGUGCUUCAAACUCCCCUCUUCUUCCAUUUGGGAACGUGAACUCAGGCCAUAGCCUUUUGCCCAAGGGUAUGCCAACUAUUAGGAACAUGAGAGACGAAGGAAAUAGCCCCAUUACUAGGCCGGUAGGCAAGCCAUGGCUUGGGUCGGAUCAAAUUUCAAGCUCUUCUAGCUUACUUGGGGUUUCCAGCGGGAACCCCGGCGGCCCAUCUCGAGGCAGUCGCCCAACUAGUUCGGGUCAGCGUAUUGCGAAGAUGUUUGUAAUAUGCUGUAAAUGCAAGUUCUGGCAUGACAUGCCAUCAGAUGCCUAUGCUAAGCUUGCGUUUCCCACUGUUGCAGCAUUGAAGAAUAAGCUGGUAACAGGACCUACUCAGAAGCCUAGACACCCCGACUCUGAGGAAGGAGGUGCAGGAUGGUCAAGUAUCACAGACCCAUCCGGUCCUCAGCCAAAUAAGAUGGAUGAUGAGGCAAGGGCCAGUACCAAUUUGAGCGGCACUAGUAACCAUGUCAGCAAGGAGAACUCAAACGGGAUGAACAACAGCAGAUCAUACCCUCAGUCUACCUUCUCCCGUUUUUCAUUCCUCAACCAGUCUGUCAUCAAGUGCUGUUGGUGCGAUCAUAGGAUGUCGCGGACAUGCUGUGCUGGAUGGACCGCACUUGUUCAACUAAGGGAACGCCACCACUAG